AUGGAUUCAGCAGUAGUCUCCGCCCUAAAAGGCGAGAAACUGAAAGAUCCACCGCAGUGGAGGAAUUGGUUCGCACGAAUCAAGAUAUAUGCACGCCAGAAGAGGGUAUGGGACCUAGUCAACCCUCAGCUCGAAGAAGACUAUCUUGAACAACCGAUUCGCCAACCAAGAAGGCCGCAAUACCCCGAAGACGGCAGCGAGUCGACGAAACGAGAAUGGAGAGAUCGCAUGGACAUAUACAAGCUUGACCAUGCUGAAUGGGAGCAACAGAGCAAGAGCCUAGACGCUGUGAACGAAUGGAUCAUCGCCAAUUUGGAUCCUAUCCACCAUACCUCUAUGCUCAACUACCAAACCCCGUACGAACGGCUUGUGUAUCUCCAUACUCGAUUUGGUCGAUCAACAGCGGCGGAAGAAGAUAUACGUGCGCAGUGGAAGAGGGUGUCAGCAUUACCACCGAAGAAAGGUGCUGAUAUCGACCAGUGGAUCAACGAAUGGGAUUCACUAAGAGAACAGGCGGUUAGCCUAGAUCUGCCAGAGAUCAAGAGCGCCAAUAAGGAUUUCCUCCGUGCAGUGAAAGAGAUACUCCCAGUAUGGUGGCAGCUGAAAUUUGAAGCGAUCGUUUUGCAUCAGGAAGAAUGGGAUACGCGCGAUUUGAUCGAGAACUUCCGAGGAACCUAUCGCGAGCUACACCCGCAGAGAUCGAGCGCAGUUAGUACGAUCUCAAAAGCAUCAUUUUCAACACUACAGGGCUUUGAGGAAGCUAGAUCAGAGCCUCAGCAGCCGCAGUCACAGCCGCAAGCACAGCAACCACCACGAGAGAGGUCCUUACCUCCGAUUCCUAGGCGCUGGUGCCCCUGUGGUAACAAAAGCCAUAAGCCCUGGGACUGCUGGACGAUCAACAGAGAGGCUUUUCCUGAUAAACCUCUCUUGAAAUGGAAGGCUAAGCGAGUGGAAGAUCGUCUUGCAAAGGAUGAAGCGUGGAAAGCCUGGAUAGAGAAAUCUGUCAAGGAACAUAAUGAGAAGAACGGAAUCAACACGAAAACGGCCAAUAUCACUCAACUAUAUGGCUCCUACUUCACCACAGGCUUUCCAAUCGAACAGGUGUAUCAAAGCGUGAAGACCACAGGAGACGCUGAUGAUGAUAUUCGAAAACGUUGGUUUCUCGAUACUGCUUCAUCGGUGCACGUUUGCAACCAAAAAGAUCUCUUUACCACCUUCACACCGGAGAAGGCAGGCCUAAAGACAGGCGAUUCAAUUACCGCUGUGGAAGGGACUGGAAGCGCGAUAAUGACUGGUGUAGGACCUGACGGGUCUACCAGAUCGAUUCGCCUGAGCAACGUCGUCUAUUCGCCAAAGUUCCAUGCUAAUUUGAUGUCAUAUGCUGCGUUGAAGGAGAAAGGUAUACGAUGGGAUGAGGAUACCGAAUGCAUCAAGGAUUCUAGUGAUAAACCAAUCAUUAGCGUACGUCUCAUGAAACCGCUGAAGAUAUGGGCAUUCGAUCAACCAGGAGAUCGUCAAUACUCGCCAGAAACCACUGCUCACGCACAUGCAGUACGAAGAUCAGAGAAACCGCUCGUUUCAGAAGCCUCAGCAGAUCGAUGGCACCGGAGACUUGCUCAUGUAUCUGCUCGUGUGAUGAAGAAGACUACCGAAAUGGUAGAUGGUGUCAAAAUCAACGAAGACCUGCCAGAAUCGUUAGCAGAUGAAGAGUUUUCAACAGAAGGAGAACUAUGCCAGGUCUGCAAUCUCUCAAGUGCACCGAAGCAGAUCUCACGACGACCAAUUGGCCAACCCUUUGGUAAAUACGGCCGAAUCCACUUCGAUCUGGUCCAAUUUCCACCUGGAUAUAACAGACACCAAUGGAUGACGCAUUUCUAUGUUGAAGGGAUUCGAUUCCACUGGUUAUACACUCAUGAACACAAAUGGGAGUGUAGAGAGGGUAUAAGGCAAUUCAUUGCUCUUGUCAAGAACUGGUGGAACCUACCGAUCAAAGCAUUCCACUAUGACAACGAGAGAUCUGCGGGACCAGAGAUCGAACACUUCCUAAGCAAUAUCGGCAUCGUGGUAUCGCAUAGUAUCCCCUACCACCCUGAGCAAAACGGCUCAGCGGAGCGAUCAGGAGGAGUUAUUCUGACGAUGACGAGGCAUCUGCAGAUCGAGAGUAAGCUACCGAAGCAACUCUGGCCAGAGAUAGUCAGUACUGCAGUAUGGAUUUUAAACAGGAUUCCUACCUACCUAAAAGAUGAGAACCAGUGGAUCGUGCCGUGGGAUGAAGCACGACGAGAUUUCGGCGGCGAAAGGAUGAAGAAGGCUAAUCUAGCCAACCUGCGCGUGUAUGGCUCUCUGUCGUACUGCCGUAUUCGCAAUAUCCCACGUAUCCAAAAGACCUCUCCCCGUGCAGAAAUUGGUUUCCUCGUCGGCUACGUCGCAUCGAAUGUGUGGAAGAUCUGGUUCCCGGCAAGAGAGAAGAUAGAAGUCGUGAGAGAUGCACACUUCGACGAAUCAAGGAAAUGGAAGGCUGAUAUGCAGUAUUGGGAAGAGAGAACCCUUCCUGCACCUGAACCGACGAUUUUGACCGAGGAAGAACAGAUGGAAGUGCUUCGCGAAGAUAUCGGUAUCCCUACCAAUACGUCAGUCAAUCGAAACACCCAGGAAGAUCUCCAGGAAGGCCAGCAGGAAGGCCAGCAGGAAGGCCAGCAGGAAGCUAUCCUGCUAGAAGAGGAAGAUCAUACGCACCAGGAAGCUCAAGAUCAGAGAGAUUGCGAUAUACCUCAGGGGGUGAUCGCACCGAUUACCCCGGAACCUGAUAGAGACGGCCACCUACAGGUAGACCAGGAGCCUCCGAAUGAUAACUUGCUAGGCGCAUUUCCGACAGAAGGGCCGCCUGAAUUACCACCGAGCCCACCAGAAGAGCGAGUUACCACUGAAAUUAGCCCUACCGCUGCUCAGGGGGUGGACCAGCAGACCAUACUUGAACCUCAAGAGCGAGAUAUCUGCGAUGAUGAAGACCAGCCGAUAGAACUAAACCCUCCGCACGAAGCCGAAGAAGAGGAUACGCUAUCCGAUAGCGAGCAGCAGCUACACACAGAGCUUCACACGCGAAGGAACGACGGAAUCGACGCCGCGAAUAUCAUCGAGGGAAGUAGAAGAAGAAGACUAAGAACCGACCCUGACUACCAAGCGUACGCAACGAUCUUACCGGCUAUUGAAGACGAUCCACCAGAGCUACUGCGCACAUUCGCCGCAGCCCUAUACACAGAGAAGCCGAUACAGCGCCACAGAGACGAUCUGCCCCCUGCGAUGGCCGAAGGCUUCCUGGCCGCCUGCGCAAAGGAAAUACGCUCUCUCCAGGAGAAAUCAACGUUUACCGUGAUAAAGCGACCGAAUGAUGUGUCGAAACAGAUCCUACCACUCCGAUGGGUAUUCGCAUACAAAUUCGACCAAGACGGCUAUCUGCAGAAGCUUAAGGCACCAGAAGCUCUGGCUCUGCCAGGACGCCUACAUCAGCAGUAUGGCUGCUAA